AUGAAAGCAGACGUGUUAGGUUGGCUGAGCAGUUGGCUGAGCGCCAACUAUGAAAAGGGCGAGUGCCAGCCGUUGCUAGGAGUACAGCCUUCGGACUUGUCGAAGUGCCCACUUGAGGAGCGCAGAAAUACCCCGGAGUUUUUUGCUGCCUACAAGCGGAGUAGGUUUCUGAGGCAGGUGGUCACAGACAAUCUCGCAACUCUUGUCUCUCGACAGUGUCUCGCGUCCGGGGCAGAAGCAGAAGCACUUCAAAAGUCAAUCGACCAGCACUGGAAGACCAUCAGAGAGAUCAACGUCCACGAAUGCGCGCUGUGCCAGGCAAACACGUGUGAGAUGUUUCUCGACUCCUGA